AUGGAUGCGUUUCUUAUGGACUGCCCUCCGGACUAUGAAUUAAACGACUGGGCCCGCCACCUUUCUUCAUACGCAUUUACUCUAGCAGUAAGCCGCUGUACAGCCUCUGUAGUUUGUUCCAUCAAUGUCUCCGAAACUGCGAGUAGCAAGUAUACAUGGGCUAGUGGGCAGGUUCAAGAAGCCUUUGAGUUCUGCGCAACUACCUGUGUGCGAUUCAAGCCUGCUGAGAAGUCCAACCAACUGGAGGCUGAAUUUUGGCAUCGAAGGACUGCUGAUUCAAUCUACAGAUCGGUGAAACAGCCAGCUACGCUUGUGCCCUCAAACAAACCCGCCAUUUCUGCAAAUUGUCAAAUAACAGUUUGUCCAAAAACUCACGCCUUACUGAAUUGCUCAGUUAUAAGUUCAAAAGUGGAUAAAGGUGACGCGGGCGGGUCUCUUCCCUCGUCGACAUUCAACUUAACGCCAUCAGAAAGGGAGAUUGAAGAGAGAAAAAAAGUUGUUUUACCCUAUAAGACUGCUGCGAAUGUCCAGUUAAGUACGACGAUUAGUUCUUUGCCUGAGAAUACUAUCGAAUAUGAUCCAGAUGCUUUCGAUGAUAUCGACGAUGACGACCCUGAUGACGACUUGGAUAUUUGA